AUGCUUCAGGACUACAACCAAGUCAAAGCUGAGGUUGUUGGAUACUACAAGGACCUCCUUGGAUCCCCAUGCUCUCUCUCUUAUCCAGGGAAGGCUGCUAUGAGGCCAUUUAUAACUAAGAAUACAAUCAUGUGGGCAGAGCAAGUGAUGAAGGGCGAUAACUUGAAAGCUACACUGAUGAAACUCUCUCUUGCUCUGCAAGUUGCCUCAGGGUAUUAUCUAUGGCUGGAAAGGAAUGAAAGGCUACAUAGGAACAAUUACAGGGAUGUGGUCACAGUUACAAAAGGGAUUACUGAUAUGAUCAGAAGCAGAGCUUCAAGACUGAACAAAAUCAAGGCUACAACUCAGAACAUACAUCUUCAAAAGCAGUGGAAUCCCCCAGAAUCCAUUUUUGAAGCCUCCUCUAGCUGA